CUAUUGGUCUCUUUUCUGUGUAACGAACCCGUCUCCUCCUCUUUCCAAAGGAAGCGAUACGAAACGGCUUCGCGGCCGCGAAGAAGAACGUGAGCUGGGGUUAGGGUUUCGUGUUUGACUUCAUUCCUUGAUGCCGGAGAGCGAAGGGGGCCGGCGCCGUCUCCUGCGGAGGCGCGGCUGAGGGUGGUUGCGGCUGGAGAUGGGAUGCGGGAGCUCGAAGGUGGACGAGUCGAAGCUGGUGUCGCUGUGCCGGGAGCGAAGGGAGCGGAUCGCGACCGCGGUGGACCGCCGGUACGCCCUCGCCGCUGCGCACGCUGCCUACUUUGACUCCCUCGCCGCCGUCGGGGACGCGCUCCAGCGAUUCGUUCAGGAGGAACUCACGGUGGCAUCCUCCUCGCCGACGGGAUCCCCCGUCCUCACCCUCCCCUCGUCGGACGGCAAGAGGAAAACAAAGAGGGGGCGAGGUAGCGCCUCCGCCGCUGCUUCCGUGUCAUCCUCCGCUUCGCCGCUCUCUCAUUCCCUCUCGCGAAACGGCUCCCACCUGCCGUUGUCAGAUAUCUCCGAGUCCGAGACGGACCCUGACGGCGGAGACGGUGGUGCAAGUGAAGCUGGUGGAGGCCGUGGAGCCGCUGUCGCUGGUGAUGGUGGUAGAGAUUCUUCGACUUCGCCACGCCGGCAUAUUUCUUCAAGCUCUAAUUCUUCGUUCCUGAAGUCAUCCAUGGAGAUCCCCCAAACAGUCUACCAGGACCCACUUGCCUCACCUUGGUCAAAUUCUCCCUACAAUGGCGACGCCUAUGGAUUCGGUUAUCCUCCCUAUGACGCCCCAUUUGGAUUUAAAACUCCAGCUAGAGAUGAGACGUAUGGUCCUCCCACGCCGACGCUGGCACCUGCUACGCCUCCUCCGCCGUCGCCGGCCAAAACCUCUGGUUGGGAGUUUCUUGACCCUUUCAAUAUGUAUGAACACUUUUUGCAUCAUUACUCUCAGGGAAAGCUUCGCAUGGGUUCCUUCACGAGUAGUCCUGAUUUGAGGGAAGUGAGGAAGCAAGAAGGAAUCCCUGAUCUUGAAUUCGAAAUGGACGUGAAACCAAUGAAGGAGGCGAAGAAGGAGAAUGUACUGGCGAAGAAGGUGAAUUUAAAGGCGAAGAAGGAGAAUGUGCUGGAUAAUGGUUUGGAAGGAAAGGACUUUAGCGUUGAAAAGUUAUCAGCUGUACCAGCAGAGGAUGUCGGAAGAAAGGAUGCGAAGGAUGGUAUUGUUGGACUGGCAAAGGAAGGGAGAAAGAAUAGUUGGGCAUCUAGCAAAGGAAGAAGUAUCAGAGAGGAUAAGAAAUCCAAUGGGAAGGACAGAGUGAUGAAAUUUUAUGAUAAAUCCUAUGAAACGGAGGAAAGUGCACCACAAAGCGUUAAAUCAUUGUCCACUACAAGUAGUGAGCAAUCAUUUUUCCUUCACGCUACAAGGGAUGUGGUAGACGUUGUGAAGGAGAUUAAGAAGCAGUUCACUUCAGCUGCUGAUUGUGGUGAGGAGGUAUCAAAGAUGCUUGAGGGCGACAGGUUUCCUUACCCUUCAAGAAGUAAAAGGUUUGGAGAUAUUUCUUCCAGGAUUCUGGAUCCUAUAACUCUGCCUGUUUCACUUCCUUUUAAGCGACCACAACAUACAAAUAUGAGUUCAGUGAGUAGAGAAGCAGGAAAUUGCAAUCCUGAAAAUAAUGAUAUUGUGGAGUCUGGGAACCUUUCAUCAACUCUUGAGAAGUUAUAUCUAUGGGAGCAGAAACUCUACAAAGAAGUGAAGGAUGAAGAAAAACUCCGGAUUAUCUAUGACAAGAAGUGCAAGCAUUUAAAAGCUUUACAUGCUAGAGGAGCAGAGCCAUCUGAGAUUAAUAUGACUCAAGUUUUAGUAAGGAAGCUGCACACAAAAAUUAGUGUCAUCAUUAAGUCAGUUGAUUCCAUUUCAAACAGGAUGCACAAGAUAAGAGAUGAAGAAUUGCAGCCCCAACUUACUGAACUGAUCCAAGGAUUUAUCAGAAUGUGGAAGACUGUUCUGAUUUGCCAUCAGAAGCAGUUGCAGGCUAUAGUUAACACCACAAGCCGUAAACUGGUUGUGAAAACCAGAAGCCAAAAAGAAUCGAUUGCGAAGGCCACCAAGGAAUUGGAACUGGAGCUGGUAAACUGGUACCAAUGUUUCAACAACUGGAUUGGCAUUCAGAAAUCCUACAUUGAGGCCCUCAAUGGAUGGUUAAUCAGCUGGCUGCCUCAAGAACAGGAGCAGACACCUGAUGGAGUUGCUCCUUUCUCACCAGGUGGAAUUGGUGCUCCUGCUGUGUAUGUCCUCUCUAAUGAUUGGUUCCAUGCUAACAAGAACAUUUCAGGAAAAGAGGUCAUCAAAUCUAUGCGUGCUUUCAUUAAAAUUCUCCAUAUUCUGUUAGAGUCUCAGGAGGAGGAACAACGCCAACGACUUGAGGCAGAGUAUCUAUCAGGAGCUUACGAUCGAAGGUUAGGAUCGUUGCAGGAGAAAGGAAGAUACGGGCAUCUAGACAUUGUGUCAGUCACCAAGGAUGGUCUGGAACACCAUGAUGAUGGCAUAGUGGAAUUGGACUUGCUGAGAAAGAAAUUGGAUGAGAAAAUAUAUAAGCACAAGGAAGCUUUAAGACGAAUUAAGCAUGUUGCUUCCAGUGCUUUGCAAACUGGUUUGACUCCAUUAUUCGGAGCACUCGAGGAUUUUACUUCACAGAUACUGAGAGCUUAUGAUGGUCUCAGAAUUCCCAAUCAUGGUGGGGAAACAUAGGCCAACAGCAAAACCAGUUUUGUCAACUUCAAAACACUUCCAACUGUGGAAAAAACCUAGUUAUCAUUUAUGUCAUCUCCACAGCUACCCAGUGAAGUCUUGGGGUGGGUUAGUUCUAAUGAAGGUCAGGUUUCGAGGCCGUUCUGCACCCGCUCAUCCUGUAAAGAUUGAUCAAGCAUUUACAGAAGAAAGAUCUGGAAAUAUGAUUCAAAGUAUAUGUAUUAGUUCUUCUUUGUUCACUCUGUGAAUACUGGCCAUGGAUUGAUUUGGAGAGAGCAUUAAUGGUAGCAGAAGCACAGUGGCGAAUCUUCGACAAAUCCAUGUUGUUCUACAUCGAAUUUAGGUGAUUUCUUCUUGGAUGCACAAGAGAUUAGGGAUUGCCAUUUGUAGUUUUUUUAU